CAAAUCCAUUAAUAUUCAAGAACUCCAGGCCAAUUUGUGGUGCUGGUACUAAAAAGCGUAACGAAAAACAAAAGAAAAAGAGAAACAGCGUGUUUAACGUACUUCAAGAAUUAGUGAUCAAUGACUACUGUGUCCCAGGCGCGUGUUGCCGGAUUGGCUUCACGUCGGUUAGCCAAUGAACUUAACAUCCUUGCUCGCUCUGGCAAAUGGGAGAUCGCGAUGGCGACACUUCAGCGGAUCGAACCCUCCAACACCGUCCAGGAAAAUGUUUACCAUUACACCAUCGUUAUCAGCGCCUGUGGGCGCGCAGGAAAGCUUGCAGAGGCGUUCUCCGUUUUUGACCGUAUGAAAGAAAGACAAAUUCAGCCAAAUUUGUGUACUUAUACCGCUCUUAUCACCGCUUGUGCAAACAAAGGGCUAAUAAACGACGCAUUUCGCGUCUAUGCGGAAAUGCGGCUUCAGAAAGAAAUUCCAAACGUGAAAACGAUAACCGCAAUAGUCACCGCAUGCGCGCGCGUUGGGAAAUGGGAGAAGGCGAUUCAAGUUCUCAAAGAAGCGGAACGACUUUCAAUUGAAACAAAUGUUAUAACGUAUACGGCGGCGAUUGAAGCUUGUCGUCGGGCUGAGGUUUGCAAACCUGCUAUGGCUCUCUUGGCGCUUAUGCACAAUUCACAAAAUUUGAGGCCGAAUAAUGUUACGUACAAUACCGUGUUGGGUGCGUGCACUGCCGCAAACGAUACGAAUGCCGUGCUCCAAGUUUACGCGAAGAUGGUGGCUGAUGGAUAUGGACCGGUGGCGUAUACGCGAGAUUUGUUGAUCAAGCAUUUUAAGGGGACUGAUACGGAAGAUUUGGUCCAAGCACUGGAGAUUCAAGGAAAUGCUAGAUCUAGAAUGCAAGGUUCAGAUUCCGCCGCCGCCAUGGAGGCUGCCCAAGGGAGUAAUUAAAUAUUCAAAUAGGUUUUCUCAAAUUUGUAAGUGUAACGCUGAUUCAGAUACUCACAUGUGAAACCCUCCCUCCAAAAAAAAAAAAGAAUAUUCUGUGAUGCAAUAAAA